UCCCUGAACUGUCCCCCAACGCCAAGAGAUAAAAAAAAACUCAUUUCAUAACAGCUGUGCAGCUCCAUGUUAUGUUUACCUCUGCAUUCAGUGAAGGGGCAAUGUAACGUGGUCUCGCUGAAUCGCCCAAGUUGACCGUGAACCCCUAAAAACUCUGCUAACUAUGGCAACAACCGCCCAAUAACCCCGAAAAGUGCAGUUCCCCCAAAAAAACCCAAAGAUCUCGCCAAGAGGCUGGAAAAAUCCUGAUGGACACGGAGUACAGUGAGUCCUUUUCAUUAUUUCUCUGCCAAAAUUAGAUCACAAUUACCUAGAGGUGGACAUUGACGCGAAUGACUCAGUGGACAUAUUCAUGAAUAUCCCAGAGCCGAGUAACGAUGUUGGCCUGGGGGAGAGCUCGAGCCCCAGUGCCCAGGAGGAGGAGGACGACGAGGUUGUCGUGGUGGAUGACCCCCCAAUGCGGGUGGAGCUCCGCCCCAACGAGAUAAUCGAGGCAGUGGACCUGGAGAACGUGGGGAACAUCGAGAUAAUCGAGAACGUCGAGAACGUGGCAAACAUAAUCGAGGUGCAAGCGAUAAACGAGAAUUCCCAGCAGAAUGCGCCCGAGGUGAUGGAGGUGGUGAUACCCCAGGUGGAGAUACCCCAGAACGAGGACUCGACGGCGUCCUCAGCGACGUCCUCGUCGGCCCCGGAGUCGGAGGAGGAGAAGCCGAGGAAGAAGAGAAAAUUGGAGAUUGAGGAACCGAAGUCAUUAACGCAGGAGAGCGACGAGCCAGACGAGGGUCGAUCCUGCCCCAUCUGCAUGGAGCCCUGGACGAAUUCUGGUGACCACCGUCUGUGCUCGCUGGCCUGUGGCCACCUCUUCGGCCACAAGUGCGUGCUCAGGUGGUUGAAGCAGGAGUGCUCAGCCCAGAAUCGCAGGUGCCCCCACUGCAACACGAAGGCCAACACCAAGGACAUCAGAAUGAUCUACACGACGAACCUCUCAGCUGUGGACACAAUCGAGCUGGAUCGCCUCAGGAACGAGCUGCAGACUGCAGUAGCGAGGAACAAGAGCAUAGAGUCCGAAAUAUCCAAAUCUCAGUUGCGCUACAAAAUUGCUCAAGAUAGGAUAAAGGAACUGACACAGAGAAUUACGGACUUGGAGAGUGAGAGACGUGACAUUAAGCUGGAGAUGAGGGAGAUGGGGACUGGCUGUGCCAGCAGGAAAUUCCACCUGGACAGGACUUUUGAGAUCGCCAAGGACGCCUGCUGCAGGGUGUUGGAUUACAACUCCUGGUAUGGCUACUUGACAGUCUCGCAGAAGUCACCCAACACCAUUUUUCCUGGGUAUGGGAUCAAGAAGAUUGACACGCACAAGUACGAACUGAUGCAGUUUACUGUGCUGCACAGCCAGGCGAUAAGGGACAUGGCUUUUCACCAGACGCAACAAUCACUGCUGCUAUCAGUGAGCUUCGAUAAGACUGCAAAGUUGAUGGACAUUCAUAAUAAUCAGGUGGUGCACGGAUUUCCGGUGGAGUCGCAGGUGUGGAGCUGCUGCUGGGCAGGGGACAACUCAAAUAUCUUUGUCGUUGGGACGCAGAAGGGACUGAUCACGCAGUUUGAUAUUAGGCAGACUGCUGGAGCGCUGGAUACGUUGGAGAGUCCUGGGGACAGAUCUCCCAUUGUGUCGCUGGCCAGUGUGCCACCGGGCUCCGCGAAUGGAGUGGCCAGGGGGGGAUUUUUAGCUAGCCACUUGAACUCUUGUUAUGCUUAUGAAAUGAGGAACAAUGUUUAUGUGGCUAAGCAGAUGCUGCACGAGGGCCCGUUCACCUGUGUACGUUAUGACUCGCAGAAUCAUCAUGCACUGAUCUCAUGCAGACCCAAUACCAGGAAUCCUCAGACCAGGCACAUUGUUUUUUCGGUGGAGAAGGGCACUGAGAGCACGGUUAUUUGCAAUACUGUGCAUACAUUUGCUGCUGGCAACACGCAGAAUAUUCUGUCGAGACCCUGUCACAUUAAUUUUGCUGAUGAUACCUUUGUUGCUGCACAUCAGGAGUCCAAUAAGAGCGUUCCCAUCUGGAGUGUUGCGACUGGGAAGGAGGUGCAGAGCAUUCCUGCUUCGACUCCUGUUGUUGAUUUAUGCUCAUUCAGACUGCAAAAUUCCGUCGUUCUUGGCGCCCUGUCCGCGAAUAAACUCAGACUGUACAAUUGCGAACAACCGUAACGAUUAAUUGUGAGGUAGACUGCUUGAGAGGUGGAGAUGUAAUUUUUUUUCUUCUUUUUGUAUAUUAUACAUUGUCUUGUGCAUCCUAGGGUAUGAAGAAUAACUUAAUUAUAAUAUUUGAGAAUGAAAACUUUUAUAUGAGACGGAACUUGACAGGAUGUGAAUAAAGUAUGUUAUAAAUUUUGUAAUGAA